ACGUGGCGAGAGUGCGUGGGGCCGCGCGGCGCGGGCCGGUUUCUCUAGGGUGUGGCGCCCUCCGGCGGCAGGGGGACCUCAAUGUGACUGCCAGACACGAGCGCCCGCCCGCCAUGGAUCCGCAGGAAGAAGCGCGAACAUCCAGGGACCCCCUCGAGCGGUCGCCUGGGGUCCCGAAGUCUCAGACACCCGACGAAGAGGAGCGGCGGGGAGGGGGAACAGCGCCAGCGGCGGCUGUCUUGGACGCAGAGGCAGACGGCGCCAGUGUGGACGGACUGUGGGAACUGCCAGUGGAGCCGGCCAAACGGAGGCCCGAAUGCAGCCGCUGCAGUCGGCCUCAGAAAGUGUGUUUGUGUCCAUAUCUACCAGCGCAUCCUCUGCACAUCUCUACCCACUUGUACAUAAUUCAGCAUCCAGCAGAGGAAAACAAGGUACUGCGGACAGUUCCUCUUCUAGCUGCAUGUCUCCCCCAAGAUAAGUGUAAAGUCAAGAUUGGUCGUCGCUUCAGUGAAGAAAAAGAUCCCGAACUUUCAACUAUUUGUCGGAAGUCUGAUACUUUAAUAUUAUAUCCAGGGGCUGAAGCUGCUAAUUUGGAAGAAUUUAUAUUAGAUUCUCCUAUUUAUCCUACCACAGUCAUCAUCAUUGAUGGUACAUGGAGCCAGGCUAAGGACAUUUUCUAUAAGAAUUCCUUGUUCCGACUACCUAAACAGGUGCAGUUAAAAACUAGCCUUUCUAGUCAGUAUGUAAUUCGGACGCAACCAACUAAUAGAUGCCUUUCUACAUUGGAGUGUGCUGCUGUUGCUCUUUCUAUCUUGGAGAAGAAUAAUUGCAUACAAGAGGAGAAGACAUGCUCAUCAAGUGCCUGGGUUCUCCUACCAGAGUGAAUCCCGUCCUUCCAAGAACUGAUUAUGACUUCUAGUGAAUCCUGUGGGAUAAACACUCCAUUCAGAGCAAGGACAUUCCAUACUUCCCAGAAAGGUGAGUCUUUAAGAUUAAGAAGAUAAUCCCUAUGUGGAAGAUAACCCACGUGCAGACUAUGUGAUGCAAUGUCGUUUGUGUUAAGAUUAAAAAAAAAAUUAACUUGGCGUAACUACUUUUUUAAAUAUAUGGGAACCAGCGAUGCACAGAUGCAUAUUGUGAGGAUUUAAAGGGACAUGAUUCUGUUUUGAGUGGGAGACCUUAGUUCAUCAGCAAGUAGAGAAGGGCAGGUGAUAUUCAAGGAGGGGGUCCCCUUCCCUCACCCACACCGUUCUGGCCACACUGGACACUACCUCCUUUGUUGAAAGUUCCAGGCAAGGCCUACCCUUCUGCCUCAGAGCCUUUGAUUGAGCUAGUUUUUCUCUCGUGGAUACUCUUCUCCAAGAAUUUGCCUAGCUACCUUCCUUGUCAAGUUCAAGUCUUCCUCCCUGAGAUUCUCCAUCAUACUCAUGUUCUCCUUGCUCUGACCUACUUUUUUUUUUAAAAGGUAUUAACCACAACCUAAUGACAUUUAUGUAGGAUGCUCAAUUUUUGAUUUCUUUGUUUCCACCUCCUGGAGUGUAAGCCCAGCAGAGGCAAGGAUCUUCAUCUGUUUUAUUCAUUGAUAUACUUCAAGCCCCAGAACAGUUUCUGGCACAUAGUUGGUGCUUAAUAAACAGUUGUUGAAUGAAUGAAUGAAUGGGAAAAAG